CAGCAGGAAAAGAAGAAGCAGAGGAAGCACGUGAUUAAACCAUAGGUUAUAUCGGUUAUAUGUCUAUGGGUUAGACCACAGCUGGCAUUCCUCUCCGCGUACAUCUGCUGAUCGUCACACAGAUCGACAUCAGUAGCUUCAAACUGUCCAAACUGAGCCGCCGUACUCAACUCACCUGCUCUCUGCUGCAAGGACCGAAGAAAUGGGCCGAAAAGUGACUGUGGCUGCCUGCUCGUUGAAUCAGUGGGCGCUGGACUUUGAGGGCAACUCGGAGAGAAUACUGAGAAGUAUUGAAAUUGCAAAGGUUCAUGGAGCAAAAUACAGACUGGGUCCAGAGCUGGAGAUAUGCGGGUAUGGAUGUGGAGACCACUUCUUUGAGUCGGACACAUUGCUCCACAGCUUUCAGGUUCUCAGGAAUCUAUUGGAAUCUCCCAUCACCCAGGACAUCAUCUGUGAUGUUGGAAUGCCCAUCAUGCAUCACAAUACACGCUAUAACUGUCGGGUCCUGUUCCUCAACAGAAAGAUACUGCUGAUCAGGCCUAAGAUGAUAAUGGCCAAUUCUGGGAAUUACAGAGAGUUGCGCUGGUUCUCCCCUUGGAACCAGUUGAGGCAGGUAGAGGAGUAUUUUCUGCCCAGAAUGAUUCAGGAAAUAACAGGCCAGGACAGUGUCCCAUUUGGUUUCUGUGUGCUGUCCACAAAAGACACUUGCAUCGGCAGUGAGAUAUGCGCAGAGCUUUGGAACCCCAGCAGCCCCCAUAUUCAGAUGGGUCUGGAUGGGGUUGAAAUCUUUACUAAUUCCUCGGCCAGCCACCACGAGCUCCGUAAAGCUGAUCAAAGAAUAAACCUGAUCAAGUCAGCCACCACCAAGAGUGGAGGCAUCUAUCUGUAUGCCAACCAAAGGGGCUGUGAUGGAGACCGUGUCUACUAUGAUGGUUGUUCCAUGGUGGCUAUCAAUGGAGACAUUGUGGCACAGGGAGCACAGUUCUCCCUUAAUGAUUUGGAGGUGACAACAGCCACACUGGAUCUUGAGGAUGUGCGUAGCUACAGAGGAGAACUAUACCAGUCACAUAUGCCAAGUGAACCCAGACUUUGCCACAGGAUUAAAGUUGAUUUCUCUCUAUCCAGCGGAGAUGAUGUCUACCUCCCCACCCAGCAACCAAUAAAAUGGCACUUUCAUACACCAGAGGAAGAGAUCAGUCUAGGGCCGGCCUGCUGGCUGUGGGACUACUUGAGGAGAAGUGGACAGGCUGGUUUCCUGCUGCCUCUGAGUGGGGGCGUUGAUAGCUCCUCCACCGCCUGUAUUGUCCAUUCUAUGUGUGUGCUGCUCUGUCAGGCUGUAGAGGAUGGCAACAGCUCGGUCCUGGAGGAUGUUCGCAGGGUGGUUGGGGAUGACUCCUACCUUCCACAGCAACCAAAGGAGCUGUGUGGUCGCAUCUUCACCACCUGCUACAUGGGCAGUGAAAACUCCUCAGAGGACACAUGCAGCAGGGCCAGAGACCUGGCCCGCCAGAUCGGCAGCACACACAUGAAUAUUAAUAUAGACAUGGCAGUGAAAGGCAUUCUGGGUAUCUUCUCAGUGGUUACUGGACGGUGGCCUCAGUUUCGUGUCAAUGGUGGAAGCCUCAGAGAAAACCUGGCUCUGCAGAAUGUCCAGGCUCGUGUCAGGAUGGUCCUGGCCUACCUGUUUGCCCAGCUGAGUCUCUGGGCCCGGGGUAAGCCUGGUGGAUUGUUAGUACUGGGCUCCAGCAACGUAGACGAAAGGUUCAAGACCCUACCUUCGCUGGAUGAGACAUCUAAGUUUCAAGUCUACAGGGAUCUCACCAGUGACAUCCUGAAGAUGCUCCAGAGACAAGGCCAUUCUCAGGAAAGGAACCAGCAGAGCCACCGCAAAAGAAGACCGCCAUGGCAGAACUGUUUGGGGAUGUUUUUCAACAUGAAGCCCAGGUCAAGUCCUUUUCUGUGACUGUGGAGGAAGAGGUCAGUGCAUACAGAUUGGCACCCUGCAUUCACGUGGAUGAUGAUCCUUUCAAAUGGUGGAAGAUGAAUGAGUCCAGCUUUCCUCAUCUCUCAAAACUUGCUCGACUUCACCUCUGUGUCCCUGGAACGUCUGUUGCAAGUGAGAGAAUUUUCUCCACGGCAGGGGACAUUGUUGAAGCAACCCGCUCUCGUCUUGCAGCAGACAAUGUUGAUGAACUUAUUUUUCUGCAGAAAAAUCUAAAGAUUGAGUAGACUGUGAUUACAGCUGCCAAAACCCAAGUUGCACUGCUUUGUUCAAAUUGUUUACACAGUUGAGUUUUUCUUUUAGUGAAUCAAUUUCACUGGUUUACAUGCUUUAAAAACAGUAAGAUUGUUCUAAGCACUUUAAUACAAAAUUUCUUCAGGUCAGUAAGAAGUAAGCACAUAAAUGUUAUGCACUAAAAUGCAUGUUUUUAUUAUGGCAUUGUUAUUUUUGCUCGUUAGCAAAAUUAAAAAAAUACAUAUUGAAAGAGGAAUAACACUUGUAUUUUUUUUUCAGAGCAUUAAAUGUAUUGAAUCGAACCGAAAAUCGUGUCCCUCAUAUCGAAAAUCGUACCGAACCGUGACUUAACUGUAUCGUUGCAUCCCUAUUAUUUACCAUACAUUCAUCACAUAGUGACAUAGUGUUUCAAUGCGAGAGCCAGUACAUUUUGACCACCUGCUUAAUAUGGUGUUGGUUCUUCUCUCCAACUUGACAAUACUCUGCUAUACCUCUGAAGAUGUCCUGUUGCAUCAGGGACCAGCAUGUUAGCAGCAGAUUCUUUAAGUCCUGUAAGUUGUGAGGUCUAGCCAUCAUUGAUUGGACUUGUUCCAGCAUAUCCCCCAACAUAAUGAGGCUAGUUCAUUGUUUGUCCCUCUUAAGGCCACUGACUGUCAAUCCUCAGCAACAGUGUUUCAGUGUUAUUGUGGUUUUUUUUUUGUUGUUUUUUUUUUUUUAAACCUUUUUUUCUUCAGAAAUUCGUGUGAUUUAGGUAGUGCGCUGUGCAUCAUUAUCACACUGAUUGUCAUUCAAGCUUCUGCAGAUGGGGAGUCAUCUUGUUAGCCAGUACUUUGACAUAUCCAUUGGCAUUCAUGGUGCCAUCUAUAAAUGUCAUCUCCCCAACACAUUUUGCACUCAUUCAGUCCCAUAUCAUCACGCUCCCACCUCCAUGCUUCACAGUGAGGACUAAGCAUUCGCUGUGGUAGUCCUGAUCAGGUUCACAUCAAAUAUGCUGGACCUCAUCUGACCAAAGAUUGUGUUCCCAAUAUUCAUUAGACUUCUGUCCCUUUAGCAAAGUUUCCUCAAGCAGAUUUUUUUCUUGUAUACUAUCCAUAGAGGUUGAAGCUAUGCAGUGCUUUCGACUGUCUGAUCUGUCACAGAAACCCCAUUUUGUUUUUUGAUAACCCCUGUGUCAAGUCUGAAGUACAUAUGUUUUUCAAAGCUAUAUCGUGAAAGUAAUGCAUGUCCAUGGCUUCAUUUUGGGAGGACAACUACUACAGCUCAGAUUAGUGGUACUACAACUUGUUCUAUACCUUCUGAUUACUGCUGCAGCUGUUGUUGUUUUUUAGUCUUUCUAAAGUAUAUGCUUUGGAUUGUUUGUCAAAGGAAAUAUUGUACACCUCAAGAAAUAAUGCCAUCAUUGAUUGGUGAUACAAAUAAAAAUGAUUUGACAUCCAUGUGAUUUUGUACAGGGAUGUACUCACAUCUGUUUUACACUGUACUGUCUAGUGAAUCCAGACAUGGACAUGCACAGUUGUUAUGAGAUAAUCAGAAUUAUUCACUUCAUCAGUGAAGUCAAAAAGAACCAUAAUAUUAAAGCUUUUUUCUGUCGCACCUUUCAAGACUUGAGUUACAAGGCACUUUACUAAAACAAGUAACAAUACAACUUUAAAAGGAAACAAUAAAAAAUACGUACAUCAACAAAAGCUCAACCUAAAAGCACUGUGAUGCAACAUUAUCUACCAAGGUGCUGCUUUGACAAGGUGGACACAUACCAGCAUGCAUUUCUAAUUGAUCACUUUGUAAUCUCAGUAUGGGCAGACUUUCACUUCAGCAUGUGAAGGAACCACCAGGAAGGAUUCACAGAUCCUUGGAACACAUAGAUACUGUAAAACUGAAUGAAGCUGUAUUGACAACCACUGUUUUGUGUUGUUAAUAAUGUUCCAUAAUAAUGCAUUAGCUGACUCUGCAAGUUGAUUUUGAUAGAGUAUUAAAAUGAACUGAAAUCAGUCGACUCCUUGAUGGAAGGAAAAGCACACUUAAAAGUGACAUCAUGAAAAGGUCCUUGCAGAACUUGUAGGGAGUCUCAUCACCAAAGCAGUGUUGUGUUUAGUGGAAUGAUAGCAGUCACAAGACAUUGUUAGUGUUGCUUCAACAGAAAGAGAAAUACUCUGUUUCUUAAGACAAGCAGUGUUGUGCAGAAUAAUUACAGCUUACCUUCUCUUCCAUUAACCACUAUUUCU